AUGGUGCUGCACCGAAACGACCCUGAGGUGAAGCCUGUUUUCGAACGUUGUUUCGGCAAACGUCCCGAAGUGGAACUGUACGAUUUGAAGGCUGAUCCGGAUCAGAUGACCAACGUCGCCGACGAUCCGAAGUACGCGAAAGUCAAAGCAGAACUGACCGAGCGUCUGAUGGAAGAACUAAAAACGAGCGGUGAUCCUCGCGUGGUCGAAGGAGGCAAGUUCUUCGAAACGCCUCCGAUGGCUGGCCCCCUCCCCAAAGGCGGCCCACAACCGAACCGGAAACGACGAACGAUGUCGGUGACUAGCAACGGUUGGAUAGUGGGGGCGGCCGAUGGUAUUGAGCUCCGCAGCAUCUUAGAACGAUUGCCACAGUGUUUGGGUGUGAAAACGAUUGACUACGUGUUUCGUGCUCCCCAGGCGGGACCUCUCGAUGAAGUUGACUCAGACUGCAUGGGGGAGCAGCUUACCGUUUCUCCGAGCUGUCUUGUCGCGUUCUAUGAACCGAACACGACGUUGGCUCUGCACAUCGAUUUUUCAGAGCUUGGCGACGAACUGGAGACCCUUCAACGAGAAGAGAUUCCGCCGGAGAUCCAUGGUGGUGUCAUCUUGGAUCGAUUGAUCGUUACCAUCGGCAAGGACUAUGCCGCUGUCGAGGUGGACGACGAGGAGGUAUUUCUGCAGUAUGAAAUUGGUUUUCAAUUCUGGACCUAUUCUACUCCGCCAGAUUGUUUUGAGUUCGAGAGGCUUCUUCUCAGCAGCAAUCGCUUUCAAGAGAUAAAGCGGAGACUGGAAGAGUUCUGCGGUCCGCUCGAUGUCUUUCUGCAGUUUGGUUGA